AUGAUAUUCGACAGCUGCAUGAGAAGGGAAUUGGAAGAGUGCCAGGCCAGAAACAGGCAGUUUGAGGCCACAUUGACAGCAGUAAAACAGCAUAACGUUAUCCUAACAGAAGCAGUUAAGACAGCGCAGGAGAGAGCUGAGAAGGCAAAGGAGAAACAGAACCAGAUAGUAUGCCGUCUGGCGACAGUACAACAGGAAAUGAGAGCAAAACGGCGCAAUUGGAAAGUUGACCCACUCAAAGUGUGCGCAUUAUUAACCUUGCAAUGGGACCCUGACCAUUGGGAUGUGGACAUUUGGUAUUCAUCUGAUUCAGGGUCUGAAUGGAUGGACGGGGAAGGGAAUGCUCCACCUCUGGAGCCAUCCUCAGAAGGGACUAAUAGCACGACCCCAAUAACAAAUAAGGCAAAACAGGCAGGAGAACAAAACCCAGAAAAUUCGAGAAUAGUGAGAGAUUACUCUAUGUCCGAAUUGCAGGAUUUGGGGUCAUGCUUUAAGCAGAAGUUGGGCAAACCCUUGGCCUCUUGGUUGACGCGGCCAUUGUACCAAGGUGCCGCCCAUAUUAUGCAGAGUGCCACAGAACGAGGGAAUCUGGGAACACUAAGUGUUGAUCCACAUGUGAAAAGUGUCUUUAGAAACAUAGGGCAAACUGGAUCGUUGUGGAAUGCACUGACACUAGCAGUAGGAAACAAGUACUCUUCCCCAGUAGAUUGGGACGGUGAUGUUGAAAAAUGGGAGAGCACAUCAGAAGGCAUGGGAUUCAGUUUUGGGAUCAUUGCAUUGAGCUAUAUUAAAAAUCUGGAUUCUGGAAUGCGAGUCACAAUUUCAAAACUUGCAAAAGAUACAAAACUUGAAAGUUUUGGGAACUGUGAGCAGAAUGAUGAUAGACUUCAAGAAAACAUAUACAGAAAAGAUCUGUCUGAAUCUCAAAAGGAAUGUCAACAGCUGGAAGAACGAUUAAAGGUUCAAGAAUCUUUGCUUGCAAUAGACAGUUCAGAACGUGUUUCUGGUCUGUGUGUAAAAUGUGCCCAGCACGAGGCAGUUCUGGCCCGGACCCAUAAUGAUCUAGAAACGAAGGCGGUUGAGAGAUUAAGGAAAGAACGAGAUGACUUGAUGAAUAUGCUGGCGACUUUGCGAACCAAUAUAAAUGAAAUGCAGGCCAGGGAAGACUCUGCAUGUCGGCAAGUGAAACAAGCUACGGAAGUAGCAGAAGAAGCCAAUUUGGAAAAAAUACAGGCUCUGGUCCAUUGUGAGCAGCUGAAGAAUGAGAUGUUGCGUCAGAAAGAACGGCUAGAAAGGGAGUUCGCUUCUCAGCAAGAAAAGAUCGCAAUUGCGAAGAAAGCUAUGCAUGAAGAAAUGAGGAAGGAAAGAGAAGCAUUGGCAUCAAAGGUGACCUGUUUGUCAGAAAAUGUUACUUGUCUUGAAGGUCAGUUACAGAGGCUGGUGAGAGAAAGGGAUUCAGCAUGUAAUCAACUGGAAGAAGCUCAGAACAAGCUAAUAAAUCAUGAGAUGGAGAUCAAUAAGGAAUCUGGUGAACUGCGUUAUCAGCUGAAUGAAGUCAAAAUCAAGAAAGAAGAGGCUGAGAAGGAGUUCAGGGAAUACAAAACAAAAAUGUUACGAGAAUUUGAACUCCGAGAACAGGAGCUACAGAAACUUGAAUUGAAACUAAAUGAAACUAAGUGCCAUUUGGAGCAUGUCCAGCAGGAUGCAGCAAGAUCGAAGGAUGAAUGUCUAAAACUGAUGGAACUACUGAGCAAAUCUGAGCACCAACUGCACCUCACCAGGAUGGAAAAGGACAGCAUACUCCACAGUCACAGUGAUGAUGUCAAGGCCCUGGCCUUUCAAUCCCAACAACGUGAGCAAGAGCUAACAGAAAAGAUACAGCAAAUGGAGGCCCAGCAUGAUAAAACUGUUAAUAGCUGUUGAAAGUUACUGGUUUCUGAAAUCCUGACACUGCAAAUUUGAUUUGGGAUAACAACCCAUUAAGGUAA